AUGGAUAAUCACACUAAAUUCAUGGCGGCGAUGAAUAACUUAGCUAACACGAUUCAAGCGGGCACUGUUAUGACUACUCAUGCUUUGCGGCGGAUAAAGCAAUCAGUCAUAAAUGAAAAUGUAGAGGGUGCUGAGGAUAGCUUAGAGGGUGUUCCGAGAACUCUACCUGCUUUUCUGAAAGUUGACCCACCGAUUUUCAAUGGAUCGACAAACCCUACUGAAGCAGACAACUGGUUCCAAGCUGUGGAGCGGGCCUCGCGAACUCAACAUGUACCGUAUGACCAGUUCAUGGAAUAUGCGACUUAUCAACUAGUGGGAAAAGCUCAGCAAUGGUGGCAAGGAGAGCGCCGACAGCUACACCAACAAAAUAUGGACAUUACAUGGAUGUUAUUCCAGGCAGCUUUCUACAAGAAGUACUUUCAUGAGUCAAUAAAGGAGGCCAGAGAGUUGGAAUUCUUACGGUUGAAGCAAGGAAAUGGAAAUGAACUAUAA